AUGGCUGAUAGAUUUAAAAAUGUUCGUGUACCUGGUCCAAAUGAUAAUAUUUAUAAAGAUGAAUGUCUUUAUUCAUUUGAUAAUCCGGAAUCUGAAAAUGGUCUUUAUAUUUGUAUGUCAACAUUUCGUGGACUUGGAAAAGAUCAUCUUGAACGACAUUGUAAUAAUAAUCCAGGAAAAAAUGUUUUUUUACAUAUUGUACGAAAACGAAAACCAAUACCAGUCGAUGCUAACAUUGAACCAACUAAAGUAACAAAAUUAGCCAUUGGUGUUGAAGGUGGUUUUGAUGUAAAUCAGUCAAAUCGAUUUACAUUUGAAGAACAAUAUUCAAUUUAUAUUCAUCCAAAUAUAACUAUUCAUUAUCCAGAUGAAUCUAAUCAAUUACCUGAACAUGUUAAAAAAUCAGCUGAUGCUAUUAUAGCUGCUGAUUCAGCAUUUUUAAAAGAAGAACGUUCACUUAUGAAUGCAACAUGGAAUGGAGAAAUUCGUCAUGUAACAAAACAUACUCAAACAUUAAACCAAUUACAUAAUGAUCGAAAAAUUCCACCAAAUGGUUGGAAAUGUGAUCAAUGUGAUUUAACAGAAAAUUUAUGGCUUAAUUUAACUGAUGGAUCAAUUUUAUGUGGAAGAAAAUUUUUUGAUGGUACCGGUGGAAAUAAUCAUGCUGCUGAACAUUAUUAUAAAACAAAAUAUCCAUUAGCUGUCAAACUCGGAACAAUUACAGCUAAAGGUGCUGAUGUUUAUUCUUAUGAUGAAGAUGAUAUGGUUGAAGAUCCAAAUCUUGCUAUUCAUCUAUCACAUUGGGGAAUAAAUAUGCUUAAAAUGGAAAAAAGCGAUAGAUCAAUGGCUGAUUUAGAAAUUGAAUUGAAUCAAAAAUAUGGUGAAGCAUCUAUGAUUGAAGAAGCUAAUUCAAAGUUACAACCUGUACAUGGACCAGGUUAUACGGGAAUGAGAAAUUUAGGCAACUCAUGUUAUAUGAAUUCUGUAAUACAAGUUUUAUUUACUUUAAAAGAUUUUCAAGAAAAAUAUUAUCAACAUUGUGAUUUUUAUUUUGAUAAAGCUAAAGAUCCAGCAAAUGAUUUUAAUGCACAAACAGCUAAGUUAGCAUUUGGUCUUUUAUCUGGUCGUUAUUCAAAAGAACUUCCAGUUAAUAAUGAUAUAUCAUUACAAGCACCAUCAGGUAUUCGUCCACAAAUGUUUCGUUUAUUAAUUGGACGUAAUCAUCCGGAUUUUGGUACAAAACAACAGCAAGAUGCUGCUGAAUUUCUUCAAUAUUAUAUUGAACAAGUACAUAAUCAUUGUAAAAAAGAUCCAACACCAAAUCCAUCACUUGAUCCAAGUACUUGUUUUCAGUUUGAACUUGAAGAACGUAUUUACUUGCCUGAAACAAAUCAAGUACGAUAUUUAACACGUAAUGAUUCAAUGUUUAGAUUAAGUGUACCAUUGUCAGCAGCAAGAAAUAUGCAUGAAGUACUACAAUAUAAUAAAACAAAAGAAGAUAUGGAAAAACAAGGCAAAAAAUUAAAUGAUUUACCAGUUGUACGUCCAAUUAUACCACUUAAAGAAGCUAUAUCACAAUGGGCUGCACCAGAAGAAAUUCAUGAUUAUAAACUACCACAAUAUGGACGUACUACAACAAUAAGAAAAACACAAAAAUUUUUAACUUUUCCUGAUUAUCUUUUUAUUCAAUUAAAAAAAUAUACAUUUAAUCCUGAUUGGACACCAAGAAAAAUUGAUGUUUCAAUGGAAGUACCUGAUGAACUUGAUCUUAGUUCAUUGCGUGCAAAGGGCGUUCAACCUGGUGAAAUAGUAAUGGUUGAUGAUGAUGAACCAACAGGACCAUCCUCUGUUUCUGUUAAUGAAGUUCUUUUACAACAACUUGUUGAUAUGGGUUUUUCAAUGGAAGGUUGUAAACGCGCAUUAAUCAAUACGGGUAAUAAUGAUAUUGAAGCAGCUAUGAAUUGGGUAUUUGAACAUCAAUCGGAUCCAGAUUUUGACACACCAUACCAAGCACCAAGUAAAAAAGCUCGUGUUGAACAAACGCAAACACCACCUGUGGAUGAAGAAAGUAUCGGCAUCGUUAUGUCAAUGGGUUUUUCGCGUGCUCAUGCUCUUCGUGCAUUAUCAUUAAUGAAUAAUAAUGUUGAAGCAGCAGUUGAUUGGGCUUUUAAUACACCUGAAGAUAAUUCGACUUUAAAUGCAUUAGUUGAAUCAUUACCUCAAUCAUCAUCUACCCAACAAACCAAGCAAACUUAUCGUGACGGUACUGGUAAAUAUCGUCUUGUGGCUUUUAUAUCACAUAUUGGUAAUCAUCCAUCAUCGGGUCAUUAUGUGGCACAUAUUCUUAAAGAUAAUCGUUGGGUUAUAUUUAAUGAUGAAGUUGUUGCAUUCUCUGAACAUCCACCAAAAGAUUUAGCUUACCUUUAUUUAUACAAACGUGAAACUAUUUGA